AUGCAAAACAGUUUCAGCGUCCGAGUAGGCAAGACCUUCGACUCUCUACCUGGUUCAUGGACCCUUGAAGAUGAGAAAAUCGACGGUUGGGAAUGUAACAGAGACAAGGACAGCCCUGAACACGAAUCUGAGCUCAACCAACAACACGACACUAUUUCAACGGAUGACUUCGGUAACGAGCUAAAGAAUGACCUCCUCGACUUGUUUGACGACGAGUAUUUAGUAAAGGAAGAAGAGGAACAGCUACAUGGUCAAUCUGCUGAGUCUGUUUCUAACCCUAAGACUAAGCCAGAUGAUUAUGAUGACGAGCAGUGGGAAAUUAAAACCUCAAUUGGAUUAGACCUCACACUCGAGUACGAGGACGAGGAAGAUGGAUAUGACAGAUUUGCUGUUGGAUUGAAAGGCUCUAUAGAUCCAUCUGAUCUCUAUGAGUACGACGAUGACAGUCAUGAGACGGACAUUGAUGAGGUCCCCAACAUGCUCAAUGGUUUUUCUGAAGACUCACUUGAAUAUGGCAUAAAAACGCUUUUGAAGAGGAUGAGCAUUGAUGACGAUUUAAUCUCAUCUACAAGAGAAAAACGUGUUCGAUUUCACCACGAAGGGGACCAUGAAGUAUCAAAAGAUCAUCGAUCUGCAGCAGUUCCAGAUUACAUACGUAAUCCAUCAAGAUAUACACAUUAUACGUUUGAUUCAUCUAAUGACAUGGAUGAUAUAUCUAACAAUCAAGCCUUUUUGAACUUCCGUAUGCAACUAUUAAGAUUGAUGAAGUCAGAUACUGUAGAAGCCGGAGAUGAUACUUCUGUUGGUGAUUCAGAACCGUUAGCAUUGGUACUAAGAAAGAAAUCAACUGGUGCUAGUAAAGAACUUGCUCCUGCAAGAAUCAGACCAAUUGCUUUUCUAGACAGUACGUAA